CCAUAACAAAAACUGGAAAAUAAAGAAAAACAACGGAAAAUCGCGCCAAAGUUAACAGACAAUAUUUACCCGAAGGCCGAAACCUCUACAAAAUCCAAACCAUCUCGUCCCCUUGAUUUCCUCGAGAAGCGAAUCACUGAUUGAUUCUCAGUUUCUCAGUUUCACCCCAACAAAAUCCAGAAUCCGUACUGGAAACCAAAAAUUGAUUCUUUUUCCUCCUCCUCUGUAUUACGACUCUUCCAUUCCCACACACAUCACUCCCAACCGCCUGCGUCAGCUUCAGUUCUUUCUCCCAUCAUUUCUUGAUUCGCUCCCCAUAUCUGAUAUCUUCCCACCGUCACUAUUAUAUCUCUCUGCGCUCUCAUUUCUCUUCGUCUUCAUAAUUCGGCUCGCUGAAUUCUCUUCACAAUCUUCCAUUCCUUUUGGGGUUUUUUAUUUUUUUGGUUCUGAUGAAGAUGGAGGAGAAAUUGGUUCUGGUCACCGGCGGCGCGGGAUUCAUCGGCACCCACACAGUGGUACAGCUGCUCAAAGAAGGUUUCAGAGUUUCCAUCAUCGACAAUUUUGACAACUCCGUCAAAGAGGCUCUCGACAGGGUCAAAGAGGUCGUGGGUCCUGCCCUCGCUGCCAAAAUCGAGUUCCAUUUCGUUGAUCUGAGAAACAAGGAUGAUCUGGAUAAGGUAUUUGCCAAGUCAAAGUAAGUCAAUUACUUUCUAAAAUAGCUACAGUGGUUUUUUGUUUUUCAGAUUUGAUGGCGUGAUCCAUUUUGCGGGCAGAAAGGCUGUAGGGGAGAGCGUUGAAUAUCCUCGACGUUACUUUGACAACAAUCUAAUUGGAACUAUUAACUUGUAUGAGGUCAUGGCAAAGUAUAACUGCAAAAAGAUGGUGUUCUCUUCAUCUUCCACGGUUUAUGGCCAACCUGAGAAGGUACCUUGUGUGGAAGACACCGAGUUGAAGGCAAUGAACCCUUAUGGUAGAACUAAGCUUUUCCUAGAGGAGAUUGCUCGAGAUAUCUCCCAAGCAGAACCAGACUGGCAGAUCAUAUUGCUGAGGUACUUCAAUCCUGUGGCAGCUCAUGAGAGUGGCAAAAUAGGUGAAGAUCCAAAGGGCAUUCCAAACAAUCUUAUGCCCUACAUUCAGCAAGUGGCUGUUGGUAGGCUGCCCGAGCUUAAUGUGUAUGGUCAUGAUUAUCCCACCCGGGAUGGUACAGCGAUACGGGACUAUAUACAUGUGAUGGACUUGGCAGAUGGUCAUAUUGCUGCUCUUAAGAAGCUAUUUACUCCCGAUUUCAAAGGUUGUGUUCCUUACAACUUGGGGACAGGGCGAGGAACAUCUGUGCUUGAAAUGGUUGCUGCAUUUGAGAAGGCUUCUGGAAAGAAAAUCCCAAUGAAGCUAUGCCCAAGAAGAGCUGGAGAUGCUACAGCUGUUUAUGCUGCUGUUGACAAAGCUGCAAAAGAGCUUGGCUGGAAGGCAAAAUAUGGUAUUGAGGAGAUGUGCAGAGACCAAUGGAAUUGGGCCAGCAAGAACCCAUGGGGUUACCAGGGAAAGAAAGCCUAGCUCCUCGAGCACCUGCAACCUUUACUUGCAAGUCAAAACUCCACCCAAGUAUACUUUUAGACAUCAUAUAUCAAGGGCCAUAAACAACUGCAAAGCAAGAGAAAAGCUCUGUUUUUAUUUUGUUUCCCUAGAUGAUAGCCAUUUCUUUAUUUUCCAAUAAAUGUAGAAACUCGUGAAUUUUAUAUUACAGUUUGUAAUUGUGGUUAAUACAAAAUCGAAAUUGUUCAUCCAUGCCUGUGUUGGAUAGCCUCUUAUUAUCAAGCACAUCUGAACUACCAGCAUUCAGGCAUAGCAAACAUUAGUCGACUCGCAAGUUUUCUGGUCUGCAACAUAAAGUCUUUCUAUUAUUGUUAAGGGUUAAACUCUUAGAAAUCUGUUAAUGGUUGCUGCAUGU